CUUGGUAGUCAGUGAUCAAUGAACUCUACUUGCACUGUAUUUUGGCUAAUACAGUCAGUGUACAUAUCUGAAGGAUCGACGACAACAUGACUACUUAAUUCUAAAUAGUUGUGUAAGGCUUUUUGAAAGAAGCAAAUGUUAAGUAUUGCUAUAAAUAAUAGCAUAAAUGAGCGAAAAUGAAUGAUAUAGACAGCAUGAGUAUGAAGGGCAGUGGAGGUUCCAAAAUGCCUCAUAGUCAUUCAACUCCAGCCGGUGUUGAUGGAGGUAGUCGAACACCACCAAUAACACCCAGGAAAGCAGGGAAAAUGCUUGCAGUUCGUGUACAAAUGUUGGAUGAUACUAUUACAAUGUUUCAAGUACAGGCAAAAGCAUUAGGUAGAGUAUUGUUUGAUCAAGUUUGCAAACAAUUACAUCUUUUAGAAGCUGAUUAUUUUGGUCUUGAAUAUCAAGAACCUAAUGGGACAAAAUAUUGGUUAGAUUUAGAAAAACCAGUCUGUAGACAAGUGGGAUUAUCAUUGGUUGAUCCUCUUCUCAGAUUUUGCGUUAAAUUUUAUACACCAGAUCCUGCACAACUUGAAGAGGAGUUUACAAGAUAUUUAUUCUGUUUACAAAUCAAACGAGAUUUGGCUCAAGGUUUAUUACAAUGCAAUGAUAAUACAGCAGCUUUGAUGGCUAGCUAUAUUGUACAAGCUGAGUGUGGUGAUUAUGUUAUAGAGGAUUAUCCAGAUCACACUUAUUUAUCAACAUACAAGUUUGUGCCUCAUCAAGAUCAAGAAUUAGAGCGACGUAUCAUGGAGAAUCAUAAAAAACAUGCUGGACAAUCUCCUGCAGAGGCUGACCUUAAUCUUUUAGAAACAGCACGACGAUGUGAACUUUAUGGAAUGAAAAUGCAUCCAGCUAAAGAUCACGAAAGAGUAUCAUUGAAUUUGGCAGUAGCUCACAUGGGAAUAGUCGUUUUUCAAAAUUAUACCAAGAUAAAUACAUUUAGUUGGGCUAAGAUCAGAAAAAUUAGUUUUAAACGAAAACGAUUUUUGAUUAAACUACAUCCUGAAGGAUACGGAUAUUAUAAGGAUACGGUCGAAUUCUUUUUCGAGGGUCGUAAUGAAUGCAAGAACUUUUGGAAAAAAUGUGUUGAAAAUCAUGGCUUUUUCCGUUGUUCUGUAGUCAAACAUGUAGUACGACAAAAAACAAGAGUUCUUAGUCGAGGUUCAUCCUUCAGAUAUAGUGGAAAGACACAAAAGCAAAUAGUUGAAUUUGUUCGUGACAAUUAUGUGAAGAGACAGACAUUCCAAAGGUCCAAUUCGUUCCGGCAGACUAGCGGUGGUAGGGCAUUGCAGGGCUCGGAGGGGGGAGGCUAUCGUGGGGCCACUCCGAGCAGCUCACUUAUGGGCAGCUCCAGCAUCUCUGCCCACCCCCUCCUGCCCCUCGGCGAUCCUGCCCUGGCAACCCCAGCUCUGUCUCUGUCAUGCGGCUCGAUGACACUGGAUUCUCCGACGACUGUGACGAGUGUCUCGAUGGGAGGGACGAUUCACCGUCGCGACGACACAGCUACAUCGUUUCGGACGCUCACCUCUAUCGACGUCCAUUCGCCAGCCACCCCCAGCCAGGCUCCAGCACAGCGGCAGACGCUUGCUACCAAUCAGCAACGGAUUUCAUCAGCAGGUCGUAUCAGCCCCUCUAACAGCAGUCCUCCCGAAUUCCCAGCACCGCGACCUAUACCUAGGCAUCCUUGGCAACGAUCUGCCAGUUGUCGCGAAUUGUAUGCAUCUAGCUUCGAAGAUUCUGGCAAGGCGCGUCCAAAGGAUCAAACAAAUAGUGGUGAACCUGUUUUAGAGCCCUUCCAAUUACCCUCUCAGGGCGAAUUAGAUAAUCCAGUAACGCGUUACGACGAUACUAAUCGUUCGUAUAGUGCCGCUAGUUCGAAAUUACCUUCCUUAGAUCACGAUUCCGUACCCGAACGUGUUUAUAGUAGCUCCUAUCCAGGAACAUCGUCGUUAUCUACCGAAUCAGGUCACGAAGAAUCUGGCCCAGCUGGAGAUCUUUCACAUGAUGAUCUUUCGCAUGAUUCUUAUGAGCUUUUGGAACGUGAGCACGAAUUUGAAUAUCCUGAGUCUUAUUCCAGUGCUCACGAGGAUAACGAACCUCUGUCCGACAAUAGUGACGAAGGAAUCGAACACGAAAUGUUCCAAAUAGAUUCGGAAACCGAUUCUUUUGUCAAACAUAGAUCAGUUAAGCCUUCGGAUAAACAGCUAUUUAAAUCCGUGCUCGCGGAUCUUAAAAAUACCAAAACAAAAUCCAUCGAUCGGUACUCAGCUGUAACCAAGGCGGACGGUGAUUACGUUAUUACCGAGUCUAGGAUACAACGGUCGAAUACACAAAUAGAACGUAAAUUUGAAACUAGACACGCUGCUUCCAUAGAACAACCUAGUAAAACUCCCAUUCCUCAUCAAGAUUCCAGUCGAAAGGAUCCUGUCGUUUUACAAGUUCAAAAGCAAAAGGCUACAGUUCUUAACGAGUUGAAGAAUUUAAAGCCGAAAUAUAAGAUCACUCACGUUGAUUCGGAAAUUUUACGGGACGAGGGUAUUAUGCGUCCAAAAUCAAGAAUCGAUGAUGACUUGAGUCCCGUCGAUACCGGUAAAGUUGAUUAUAGCACAAAAGCGAGAACAGUAAGGGCGCGAAGUAUCGCCAGUUUGGAGGAUCACGUACCACGUUCGUACGAUGAGACGAGUAGUUUAGGACGUGGUUAUAAAUCUAGAGAUAAAAAGACUAAAGAUAUUGAGGAAAAGUCUGAAAAAGUAAUCUCAAAGAUUCAAGAAAAGGAACGUAAAAGUAUUGAAAGGGAGGAGAAAAAACGGGCCGAGAGGGAAUAUUCGAGAGAAUGUAAAAGAAUUGAAAAGAUCGAUUCUAAGGAAAGGAGAUCGAUAGAUCGUCUUGAUUCACGUGAACGAAGACUCGAUAGACGUAGCGUAGAUCGUAAUGAUACUAAAGAGUUACGUAGAAGUAUCGAACGGUUGGAUAGGGAUCGAAGUUUUGAACGUUUAGAUUUGAAAGAGAAAGGUUCUGUAGUUUAUGCUGACUUUUAUGAAACUAGGGGUAAGAGUGCCGAACGUUUAGAUUCUCACGGGUUACGCAGUAGUGUGGAACAUCUGACAAGAAGUCCUAAAGAACGAAACGUUUAUCGUUACGCGGAGUCGAGAGAACGUAGGAAAAGUGUUGAUCGUAUCGAAUUGCGUGAAACUAGAAAGAGUUCGAGCGGUAGAACUUCUUCCUUUGAUUAUAAUCAAAGACAUACGUUAGAACGUUUUGAUUCUGGUAAUAAAAGUCCGUUCGAACGGCUUUCGUCAAAAGAGCAACGCGGUAAGAGUGUCGAGAGGCUCAAUUCUCAGGAUAAACCAACAUUCGAUUUUGAUCCGAGAACGAUUGAACGUUUGAGAUCGUUAGAACGAAGUUUUACUGAUCGUUCGGAAGUAAGAUAUAGUAGAAGUCAUGAUAGAAAAGGUGAGUUGAAGAAUUUGGAACGUAAAAGUUUAGAAAAAUUAGACGCUGGCGAACGUAAGUAUUUAAAUAAAUUAGAUUCGCGUGAGGGUAAGAGUCUUGAGUGUUUGGAUUAUGAAAGCUUGGAUUGGAAAAGAAGUUUAGAUAAGAUUGAUUCGAAAUCUGGGAGAAAGAGUAAAGGUAAAUUAGAUAAAUAUAAAUCUGAGGAAAAACCUCGUGAACGAGAUGAUUGGAAGAGUUUAGAAAAAGCACGGAAGGACAAUGAACGUCGUGAACGAGAACGUCAAGCAAAAUUAUCGUUAGAGUCUCGAACAGAUACCGUUAUUGGUGUACCUCACGAAAUGGACAAUUUCAAGUCUAAGACUGUCUUCACCGAAUAUGAACCUAAGGUUAUCGGUGGUGUUGUACUAGGAUUCGAUGAAACCAUACCUGGUCAUACUCCCGUAGAACGUACAAAGAGUGAUCCUAAUCCGGCACGUCAAAGAUUAGGUUCAAAUAGUAAACGUCACAUGUUAAUGCAUCAAAAAUCUAUAGAUUUAACACCUGCCGAUUCUGGAGAUGAAGAUCCAUUUUCGGAUGGAGUAAUUAUUCAAAAGUCUAAUAUCGAUAUUCCUUACACAUUACACAAACGUCAUGUUAUGAAUGGAACUGCUUCUGACGAAAAAUCUGAGUCUGAUAGUAGUAAAACUUCGAAGAACUCCAAGAGUAUUAUCAAAGAUUUACCAAAAUUACCUUUAAAAAUGGUAACCGAUACUUCCUGCUUCGAUCUAUCGAAACUUACGUCCAUAGAUAAACCGGGUCAUAAGUUAUCGCCAGAUAAAAUCAAAAAUUCUAUUAGUCCUACUAGACCAAAGUCGAUAUUAAGUCCUUCAGACAAACCGAAAAGUAUUUUAAGUCCAACUUCAAAACUUUCACCGACCGACUCAAAGAGUAUCGUUUGUAGUUUAUCACCUAAUAGAAGCCCUUCGAAAGUAAGUUCAAGAUCGCCAGAUAAAUCUCCGAAGAAAGCAAUGUCAUUAGAUAAAGGAAGAACAGAAAUGGGUCUUGACGAGCGGAUAUGUAUUAAAUCAUCCAGUUUGGAUAAGAAGCCAUCGAAACUAUCUCCAGUUGAGCCAAAUAUUACUAUCAUUUCAAGUAUAGAAAAGCGAUCACCUAAGAUAUCACCUACGGAUCCUAAUGUAACAAUAAUUUCAGUAAUACAGAAAAAGAGAUCACCGGAUGCACAUUCAAAAAGUCCUACCAAGGCUCCAAAGCCUACUAAUCUAGAAAUAAAAUCUAAAUUAGAACAUAAAGUCGAAGUUUCGAAGGAGGUGAAAUCCCCAAAGGAUAGUCUUAAAACACCGGACGAUAGUUUGGAAAAACAGGAUAGUAUAGAAAAGAUACCUUUACCUGAUAUUCCUAAUCCAGUUACAAUUACAACAGAAGACAAACAAAUAACUAUUAAACAAGAGGAAGUAUUGGUAGAGGAAAUGGCGAAGACGAUCGAGGAAGGUUCAGUAAUGGUUGACGAUAAGGAAAAUAAAAUAGAAUCUGCUGGCAGUAAGGAUAUUUGUAAGAAAAGUGAAAGUUCACCCAUUAGAAAAGCUGAAGUGAUUGAUGAAAAACCUAAAGUUCCAGCUAAGCCAAAAUCAUUAGAGAAACCAAGUAUUCCUGAAAAAACAAAACGUAUAUUAGAACGUAUAGAAUCGAAGUUUUCUGAAGCCAAUAAAAAUUCUACUACUAAGGUACCAAGGCCUAAGAUCAUUGAUACCGGAUUUGAUGAUUUUGUCGAACCAGUAGCAGACUUACCUUUAGACGAAGUACCCGUUAAACCUGCAUUGGAAUUAGAUAGUUUGAAGGUACCAGAAUUCGUCCCGUUUAUGCUUCGACCUCAUGCUGAACCAUUAAGAUCUAAAUCGUUGUCAUUGGCUGAAGAAAAGGCACCAAUAGAUACUUUACUGUCACCUGAAGUAGAAAACAAGCAUAUAAUUCAAGAUAUAUCGCCGAAACGAGCUAAGAAAGCUAAAUCAGAGAUAAAAAAAGAUUUUAAGAAGCAAUCGAAAUCCUUGGAAGGAGAUAAACCGCCAUUGAAGAAAACUGCAUCCAAAGAAGUAAAAACACCGACGACCAGUUCUAGAAUCGAUAAAUCUAAAUUGAAGCUCGGAGAGAUGCCUCAGGAAAUAAUAAUAAUCGAUUCAACGGACGUAGUGCCGGAGGUUAGUAUCGUGCAAAAGGGUAGAUCAAAGUCCGUUACGAGACUAUCCGACAAACCAUUUUCAAGUUCGAAAGAAGAAAAAGAUGAUACGAAAAGCACACGUGGAAAAUCAGCUUCGGUAGAUGACGAAUUGAUCAAAGGUCCUCCAAUUAAAAGUGACAAAGUAAGACCCAAAUCUUUGGGUAUAUCUAAGAGUUUAGGAAGUACAGAAAAGAAAGAUUCCGUUGAAAAAGUAUCUCCAAAGAAGGCAAAGAGUACUGUUAAAGUAGAUAUCAAAAGUGAUAGUAAAGCUAUUGUCACGAAAGAUGUCAGUAUUAAAUAUGAAUUAAAAACUACGCAACCGAAGGGAGAAGCUAAAACUGAUUUAGAAGGUGAAAUAACAAGUGAAGGUAAACAAGAGAUUGAACAGAAAGAUAAAGAGCAUGACACCGAAGUUGAUCAGACCUUAGAAUCGAAACGAGAUGCGGCUAAAGAGGUUAAGAAAUCUCCAUUCAUGCAAGAUUUAACAGAAUCUCCUAUAGUACUACGUAAACGGGGACAAAGUCCUAUACUUUUCGCACGUGCACGUCUUGGCUUGUCUGAGGGUAGUGGUAUUGGUGCGUUGCAACGUCAAAGUGCAACACAAUCACCAACUGCGCAAAGACGUGCCAAAUCUUUAGAUGCUCCUGUCAUUUCCGUUCAUAGACUUCCACCGGCUAACGCAUUUUCUAGUAAAGACGAUACGGUUGAUAUGUCUGAAGGCAUUGAAAAUCAAGAUAAUGUAGCCGAGGAAAGCGUUGGUAACAACAUAAUAUCCAAACCACAAUCGAUCCAGAUAGAAACUUCCCCGAAUUAUAGAUCUGACAGUACCGAUCACACGACUGUUCCUGAAAUUUGUACAGAUUCUUUGUCCGUGACAGAAACUUCCGCGCAAUAUUUAGAAUCGCCGUUAACAGAAUGCAAUGAAAUAGCUACAUGUGCCGAUUUAAUUCCAUACGAACAAGAAGGAACGCAAUUACCGUUCUUAGAACAAGGAACUGGUAAAGAAACAGCGAGUAUGGUCGAAAUCGUCAAAAUUGACGAAAAUACGAAAUUCAUCGAUCAAAGUUCCGUCGAAUCUGCUAAUGAACAAGACUUAGUAGGUUACGCUAAGGGUGAUCUAGUGGAGCAGACUGACGUUAUUAAUAUUUCAAAGUUAAUUAUUAAACCUAUAACUCCUGAAUUAUCUGAAAGUACUUCGAAACAGAGCGUUGAACCUCAAAUAGAAAAACUGAGCGAAGAAAUAAAAGAUUUCGAUAGAAAGAUCACUGAGCCAAAGGCGAGUCCUCAACAUCAAACUGAAACAUCGCAAGAUAUCGAUGAAGUCGGUCAAAAAGAUUCACCCGAAGAUGAAUUUUCCAAUGUAACUGUUAAAGUAAUUCACGACUACGGAGAUGCUUACUCGUCACUUAAUGACUAUGACGAAGGAUUAAACAUGGUUAAAUCACCAAUACAAAUUUCGAUUGAGGAGUGUUCGGAUGAAGAGCUUCUUGAGAGCGACGAACAAGAUGAAGAAAUGGAAGAUCGGGAGUCUGUUAGAGGUGAUGGGGAUGAUAUGCGACCAUUAGAUUCUGCUGAUACGAGUGAGGAUACGCUCGAUGCACUAGACACCCAAGUACAAAUGCGAGGUGCUGAUAGCGAGCUUAGUUCACCGGAUUAUGGUGUCGAUAAAAUGGAUGAAAAAACAUUGGUCGAAGUUGAGUUAACUCCGGAAUAUUUAGAAAUGAGAAAAGAUGAUGAGGAAGAUACCGAAGAAUUGCCAGAAGAUGAAUCAACUAAGGAAAUGCUCGAGGAAGAAAGCCCAGUUGUCGAGCGUUUUGUAGCCGAUAAAAAAUUCAGACUCAGCACCGAGCGUUCCAAAAGCGAGGACACAAAUACAUGGACUCCCGAUAGAGAGGAUGCUGACUCAAGUUCCUGCUCGAUCGCUCGUCCUUUGGGAAUAGGCCAAAUUCAAUCGAUAGUCGAUCGCCGAGAGAUUGAACAAGUGAAGGAAAUACGUAAGGAGGAGUCUUUAGAAGAAGACAGUAGUAGUUCUCUACCAGCACCAAAAUUAGAAAUGAGCUCAACAUGGAAACCGUUUCCAUUAGAAAGCUCCGGUAGUUCGAGUUUAGAGGAUGGUUGGGUUCCUCAAGAUGACAACAACGCUCAACAGUCGCAUUCUGAGGAUAGUAAUGGACAGAAUGAGGAGAGUUUUCAAGAAGAUCUGGUCGAUGUUCCAGGUGGUUUCAUUUAUCCUAUUGGGCCAGAGAUUCUUGCAAGUUACGGUGCCUUUUCUUUAUCAAGAACACUUUCACGAAUUUCGGAGCGAUCAACUACUUCCGAGCAAGAUAAGAGUGACCUGGAGGAUUCAUUCAAACCUAGUUCGAGAUCUCCAAGUCUUGAUGACGAAUCUUUAAUUUCAAGCGAUCAUCAACCUUCGUUAUCGUCAGACCCUCCCUCGGGUACAGCCUUGCCUUCCAUGUCGGACGAUCGUAGAACGUCCGCCGAGCUUCCAGAUAUUCCUAUAGAUGUAAUGGGUACACAAGAGGAAGAUUCCAAGUCACCAAAGACGAGAAAAUCGAAAUUGCAAUUACAGAGUUCGGAAGAUUGGCCCUCGCCACCUAGUUCACCACUCUUUGAUACUCCGGUGGUGAGUCAUGUAGAAACUUUUUAUAUGGAAAUCAAGCCGGAGGAAGCUGUCAAGGUAACAGUAACGGACAGUACUACAGAAACUCCAGGUUACAUUGGACAUGACAGCGACUCGAGCGAUGAAAAUAGGACUCUUCAUGAAGAUUUACAUUCUACUCUUCUAGAAGAUGGGCAAAGUUCAACGUCGGCGACGACGGUCGAUGGAACUGUGAAAAUAGCUGUUAAACCGAAAUCGAAUUCCUACAUAACAGGCUCCUCUCAUAGUGAAGACACAUCUAUGGGUUUAUCGAUGUCCGAAUGGUCUAGUUCUAACAACACUGUACAGCAGUUCUGUCAAUAUUCUGGUACGAAAUCCGAUGAUAAUUCUUUAGCAGAACUUGGAGCUUCUAUCUCUGACUGGUCAGGUAGUACGACUGUCAUACCACAGCAGUAUUACACUACGACGACGACGGUAGAAAAGAGUCAAAGUGACACAACGACAUCAGACAAGAGCAUAACUAGUAUGCGACCGAAUUCAAAAUGUCAGUCAGCUGAAAGUCCUCCCCUGCCACCUCCAUCUCCACCACCCCCUUUACCUCCACCUCCUCCACCGCCUCCACCUCCACCGCCAGCGGAAGACAAAAACGAAUCAAAUCGUAGAGAGGAUACGGCUGAUGAUAAUGUCAGUGACAUCGAUGAAUCCUUCAUUUCUAUUCUUUCAUCUGCUGUUAUUCCUACCACGUCUGUACGGGGCGAUGAUGAGGGCGAGCCUAUUCGAAUGAGUAGGGACGACUUUGAUGAAGCCAGGAAAUUUAUCGAAUCUCAGUUCGACCAACAACGUCGUCUUUGUCGUUAUGAUGAUAACCAACAGCGUCGUGGUCGUUCAGGUUUUACUGAUAUCUCGCCACCUCGUAUCACCUUUCAAAAUGAAUAUGACGAGACUUUGGAUGAGGAAGACUUCCGUUUGGAUCCUGAGGUGGUCGACAUGGGUAUCACCGACGUUCCUCUUCCUAUUCCAGAGGAGGAUGAAGAUCAAUUAUAUGACAAUGUACCGGCUAUGAAAUAUUCCAGUGGCGAUCAAAUCAGAAUGGACGUUGCUCGUGGAGAUAGUUCCGAAGACAUGCAUGAAAAAUAUGCUGAUUUAGCUUUAAGAACGAGAUUAGACAAGAACGAAUGGUCAAUGGAUGAGCAUCGUGAUGUUGUUACAUGUGAUGAAAGAUCAAUUAGAAAAAAGAUCGAGCGAGGUUACUCGGAGCCCUGCUCGAGGGAGGAAAAUAAAAGAUAUCACGGUACAAGAUCCACCGAAAGACCAGUUCUCGUACCUAUAAGAGCUAAAUCAACGCCAUAUUAUUCGACAACAAGUCUUAGCGGGGAGUCAACCACUUCCAGUCCACCAAUGCAGGCUAGAAUGCAAAUCCGAACUAAAACUAUGCCUUAUUCCUCAAGUAGAAGUCCACAAAGUGAAGGUGACACUUCUUCCAGUAUGGACAGUCCUGCUCAUACGCCUGACAGAGGCCAGCGCGCUUUUCGUCGUAAAAGACAGCAGAAUACGAAAAGGAGACAUCGUGUAGCUGUUGAUUUUAAAAUCAAGGAUGGUCAAAUUGUUUCAAGUACUGAUUCCAGCUUCGAUGUAACAACAAUUCCACCACCACUUUUCACUGAGUCUCAUAGUAUUGACGUAUACGAAGACGAGGAUGAAGAUGACGAGUACUCGGAAAGUAAGGACGAUAAAGAACAGGAACAAAGUUGUCAGCAACAUCGUGAAUUGUCCAAGGAAGAUGACGAACUCUGAAAUACGCCAAUGGAACAAUGGCUCGACUUUAAAAUGUAUUUGCCUUUAAGCGAUUACAUAGAUUACGAAACUUAUUCAUCGACGUAACGGAAAAUUCGAAGUUAAAUAUUUCUGAUUAUUGGGAAUUGACGCACUCGACGAAUUGAUAGUGAUCUUUUCUUACACGUACCGUUCUAUUGGUGGAAUCUAAGUGAUUAGAAAAAAUCGAAAGGAUCAUUUCGUAUGAAAAGAAAAGAGCAAGAAAUAAAAAAAAGAAAUCUACUUCUAAACCGGAAAAAAAGUUUAAUAAUAUCGUUAGCUAUACAUAUUAUAUAUGUAUAUAGGAUGUCCAAAAAGAUUGAGACCAAACUUAUAUUAGAUAUUACUGAAGUCAAAUAGAUGAAAAAAGUUCAUGUAAACUUAUGUCCGAAAAUGUUUUAUUGAAAAGACAUGAACAUUCAUAGAUUUAUGGUCAAAAUUCGUUUUACGAUUAGUAGUAAAGAAUUUUACAACAACUAAUGCAGUCGGAAUAUUUGAAAGAGUUUGCCAAUUACUAAUUCGAUGAAUGGAAACCUACAUUACACAUUAAAAUAUAAAUAUCUUUUAAAGUAUAUAUCUUUUCAAUGUAACAUUUUCGGACACAAACUUAUAUGAACUUUAUUCAUCUGUUUGAUGUUAGUAAUACGUAGUAUAAGUUCGGUCCCAACUUUUCGGACAAUCUGUAUAUGUAUAUAUAUAUAUAUAUUCAUAUAUAUGUAUAUGAAAUGAUCGUUACACAUUUUUAGAGAUCCGAUUUACUUUGAUAUUUAUUAUCAUACUUAGAGUUGCCGAUUUGUAGGUGAUUUCGUAGUAUGCAUUUAAUAUCCAUAAGAAACGUGAUAACUCGUGAUCGCGGGGUGGAUAUGUGAUAUAUUUAAAGGAACGAUACUCGCGCAAUGCUAUUCUAGUCAUGUAUUGUAUAACGUUGAAGAAAAAAAAAAUGAGAUUAGUAGAGAUGCAAAAUAAAAAGAAAAAUGAAAACAGGACUUAGGGCUUUAAGGGUAUAUAUAUAUACAUAUAUAUAUAUAUAUUUAAUUAUAAUAUGAAACGGAUACACAAGAGGUUGGUUGGUGAUGGUUAAUCUUUUCUUCAGACGCUCGUCCCUGGUUGUCAGAGAAUGACAAUUUAACUCUCUAUCGUUUUAAGUUUUAGAGGUCGACAAUCAUCGCAGGGAGUGUCUCUGGUUAAAAUAUUUCAACAACCGAGUAUAGAUAUAUCGGAUCUUGUUUUCUACUUCGGUUAUGAGAAAACAAUGUAUAAAUAAUGUAUACUUUUAUUACUAUUUCCUUAAUAUUCGUAUUAGGAUAAUUAAAAGGUCUUGUGGAAUUUGUCUCUUGUAAUUUAAAGCGUAUUAUUGGUGACAAACACUGGAAAUGGUUUCAUAGAAGAAUCGAUAUGCUCAAAUAGUUGGUCUGUAUAUGAGAAACAUAUGGGUAAAGUUUUGGAUUGAUGAUUGAACCGAGUCUUUUAAAUAAAACGUGUCAAAAGAAAGAAAGAAAGAAAUGAAUGAAAGGAAGAAUUAAAGGUAUUUUCGACAAACUUGAAUAAAACACGUUUAAAAAUUUGUUUCAUCUUUCAUCGUGCCUAGUUUUUAUACUAUAUUCGUCACGUUUUCACUUUUAAUAUGACAUGAAAAGUUUUCAUGAACAGUACUUCACACGUAGUUCUCCUCUGACAAUUUCAUAUUGUUUCUUGUUUAAAAAAAGAAAAACAAACAACAACAACACACACACACAGUAAAUAGAAAAUUUGGUACAGAAGUGUCGAAUAGGAAUGAAUUCAUUGAACAACGUGGCCCGUCGUGCAAGAUCAAAUAAAUAUAUAUUAAAAAAAAAAAAAAAAAAAAAAAAAAUAAAGAAUACAAUUAAUAAAUAAAUAAAAAAAAAGAGACAAAAAAAAAACAUGAAUUAAAAGCAAUAAUGUAGCUCGUACGAUAGACUUGGUUUCUGAACGUGCACGGAUAAUGCGAUCAAAAGGCAUCCAAGGCUGUAAUUGAUUUAUUUUUAUACGCGCGAUUGAUUUCAUUUGUUUAAGCUUAAUAGGGUGGGACUCGUUUUAUUUAAAUAUUAUUUAUUUAUUUAUUUAUAUUAUUUUUUUAACGCCUGAGGUAAAAGUACCAUCUGUUUCGCGAUAAUCUAAUAAUAAUAAUAAUAAUAAUACUCAUUCCGAAUCUCCCUGUAACCAUAAAACCGAGUCAAUCGGUAAAGGGAGUAUAAAUAAUUAUAUUAAUUACGAUAUAACACGAUGACGAUCGAUCACGCAUCAUCGUUCUCGAAGAAAAUUUUCAAAUAAAUAAAAA